AUGAUGGCACUGGCAGCAACAGCAACGGUGACCGCGAGCGAGGUCAUGGAGAGUAGUAUCAGCGACAGCGGCGAGGCCAGUGGAAGCUCCAAGAGUCGAAGCAGCAGCGUGGACUCGGCGCGCGCCGUAGCCGCCGCGCGCGCGUACGACACCGCCGCAAUCGCCAUCAUUCCUGGUCUCGUCGUGCCACUCACGAGCGCCUCCUCCAAGGGUGGUUGCGCGGCCCUCGCGUCUGCCGUCGCCUCUCUUGAAGCGCUGGCUGACACGGUGGACACAGUGCUGCAUCGGCUGGACAAGGCAGCGGCGUCGCAGCAGCGGCGUCUCAACGCCGUUCAAAAACGCAUCUGCAUCUGUGCUGAUUUUAUCGACUGCUUGCGAGGGCGACGCACAUCAACGCUUCUGGAGAGCAAACCUCGAUACCCUCAGCCCGUGCCGUUCAAGCCCCGCAGCCGCGAUGGCGGCGUGAGAGCGAAGGCGGUCAAAUCGCAGCGGGGCGCGCAGGACGGCACGAACGCCGCUGCUAUCAUAAUCAGCGGCGUCCCUUCAGCGGUGAGCACGGCUCACAGUCAUCGCUUCCUGCGACCACGCCGCUCGUCGCCGCUGCCGCCGGUUGCGCCGAGCUCCUGCAGCGGGUCCUCCACUGACGACUCCGACGACGACGCAGCACAGCAACCGCAGCAGCCGUCCUACCAGCCGCCGAUGCGUGCUGUUCCAGUGGUGUCCGCGUUCGCCGACUCUGAGCGCGCCAUCGCCACCGCACACCGUGGUUUCGCUUGGUGUGGCGGCAGCCUCAGUGAUGUCAGCAGUCCUGCUCCGCCCGUGAACGCCGUCGCUGCCAUGCGGCUGGCAGAGUCCAUGCCACUGGAGACAGUUCUCUUGGACGGUGAGGAAAGUAGCGCCGUGACGGUGGGGCACGGGGGCCGUGGCGAGGCAGCUGCUGGGCACUUGAACGGGCGGGGUACGUUGAUGAACGCAGCCUCGCUGCAGCCAUCUUCCUCCUCCGCGCUUGCCUGGCAGCCUCGCUGUCUGCCGGCCGUGCGAGGCGGGCAGGCCAUGCAUAACGCGAGCGAGAUGCCCAGCACUCUCAGCGCCCUUGUGAGCUUCCCGGCACGCCGGAUGGCUUACCGGCAUCUGGUGGCAGCAAGCAGCAGCAACGGUAGCGACGCGAAGGGCGCCAUCGCGUCGGCGCAGCACGGCGCUCCCAUCUACAGAGACCCUUACAGUCUCACAGGGCUUGCGGCGACGGCACGGUCGACACCGACGACGUGGCUGCACAGCACCAGCACGGUGGACAUCCAAUGCAACUUUACUACGCCGUUGCAGGCGCAGCAGUAUGCUUUCGUGCCCGGCGGCGACGCGGCGGCAGCGUCAUCGCGAGCCCUGUUGCGGGACAUGCCGCGGAAUCUGCCGCUUCAGCACUUGGCUACCGUGCGGCGCUGGGACCAACGUGGCAGGGAUAUGCAAGGCCACACCAGCGGCAGCACUGGUUCCGACGACGUCGAAGAGCACGAUAACGACGGUGGUCCCCGGCAGCAACGCCGUGCAUCACGUCGGGGUCCGCGCGGCUUCGAGACGAUCGCCCCUGGCCAAGAGCAGCGACAGCGAUGGGCUCGUCGGCGUCACGCUGUCGGCGACGGCAGCACGGCAUCAGAGGAGAGUGACGACGAUACUGAGGCCGCGACCCGCGCGGCACACCGCAGGCGUGAAAGCAGCCGAGCAAGGCCCAAGCAACAGCAGGCUCGCGAGACCUCUACCCAGCCCACUACCACCGCACUCUCCGCUCCGCCUGCCGCGCCUCCGUCGCUGGCACCACCACCGCCGCCAGGGGUGACGCGCUCCACCACGGCGCCGCCACCGCCGCCGCUCCCACCGGCGGCGUUGCUGCAAGGCAAGCCGAACCCGCCAAUGAUUCCGCUCGGCAGCGGUGGGAGCGCUCCUCCGCGCCUGCCACCACCACCGCCUCCGCCGCCACCGCCACCGCCACCAGCGUCGAAGUUGUUGUCCGAGCUGAAGUCUGCCAGCGGAAGUUGUCCGCCUCUGCCGCCGCCACCGCCACCACCGCCGACCUCUUCUAAGAUGCCUGUUGGUGCGAAGCCAGGCGGUGGUGGUGUAGCUGCCCCCGCCGCGCCACGUGUGCCCCCUCCCCCUCCACCACCACCUCAGCCACAGAAGUCCGCAGUCAGUGCCCUGACUUCAAUGCUGGGCGAGCGCCGCAGGGUCCUGCAAGGCGACGACUCGAGCAGCACCAGCAGUGGCAGCGACACCGGAAACGGCAAGUACGGCGGCGCUCGCAGGAAGCAAGCAGACAGCUCGGACUCGUCUUCAUCGUCGACACCUCCGGGUGUCAAUCCUACCGCGCGAGGUCGCAUGGUCGGUUCGGCAGCGCCGCGGCUGCCACCACCGCCGCAGCUGGCCGGUGGCAGCUCCUCGAGCAGCGACGACAGCGACUGA